GUUAUGUGGAUAAUACACGAUAUCAGGUGAGCCUUAGAUAUAUGAGUAUCGUUGUGUUACUAUCAACCCCAAAGCAAACAAUGUUAGCAGAUAUCAUGCACGGAAGUGACGGACACAAUGCCUCGAUUAUGUGAACCUAACCUCCGCUCAAUUCACUUCCUGGUAGCCUACACACGGACUCCUGUAGAGACACUGUAUUGCACAAUUAUAUGACGUUGACGUGUGAGUAAGGUAUCCGACAUGGGUUUGGUCUGGAUGGGACUGCUUGUGGCCUGUGUCACUGGUACCCUCGCUGAAAAUAUCGCGUUUGGAAGAACAUGCAUCCAGAGCAGUACAUUGUACGGUCAAGCAAAUAACUACGGAGCAGGACUUGCUGUAGAUGGCAGAGCCACCACAGAUGCCAGGAGCACGCCACAAACAUGUGCCCAUACACGAAAUGAGACAGAUCCUACCUGGACUGUGAACCUGAAAACAUCACGUCCAGAAAAGAUACAACACAUCAGACUCUAUCUACGUGACGACCUUCAAGAAAGAAACAACGGCAUGCAGGUUCUUGUUGGCAGCCAGAUGUGCUACAACUGGUCGUCAACUGAACAUCCUCCUCCUAUAGCUUACGUCACCUGCCGCCAGCCACUGACAGGAACCACGGUCACUAUACGGAUACCUGGUUCCCUGAAAUUCCUUACUUUAUGUGAAGUGCAGAUAUUUGUUUGCAGUGAUGGAUGGUUUUCUGAAGAUUGUGACAAACAGUGCCGGUGCCUUAGCAGUACUGAAAUAUGUGACAAGAUCUCUGGUCACUGUUCUAGUGGAUGUUUCCCUGGAUAUCAUGGUACCGACUGCCAAACAGCAUGUGCAGAUGGAUCCUUUGGUAGCAACUGUAGCUCCCAGUGUGGACACUGUCUAGAUGGUGAUAUCUGUGACAAGACACACGGAACAUGUCGUGGAGGAUGUGCAGCAGGAUGGAUGUAUGGCACAUGUCUACAAGCCUGUCCAGAUGGUGCCUAUGGUAUCAAUUGUGCCUCCCAGUGUGGAAACUGUCUUGAUGGUGUAAGCUGUGACAAAACAACAGGAACCUGUUCUAGGGGCUGUGCAUCAGGAUGGAUCAAUGAUGACACAUGUCUACAACGUGAGGGAUGCAACUGGGGAAUUCCAGUAGCAGCCACCCUUGCUGUGUUGCUGAUCUUCACAGUGAUUGGGGGAACCAUAUAUAUCAGACGAUUGAUGAACCAACUGGAGAGCUUGAAAACCAAGAUGUCAGAGGGACACUAUGUGAAUCUUGAUGAGAGGACAAAGGUUCCAGCAACAGAAAGUACCUACGAACAUAUCGACAAUGCUGCUCCUUACUACAAUACAGUUGAUCAUGUUCAAGAUGAAAUCUGAUGGGUUUACCAUUCAUUAUGGAGGAGAGGAUUUUACACUACAGAUAUAUAUACUUAUUACCACGGGGUACCAGGUGAAGAGGUGUCAUAUUUAAACUCAUGUCUUAUACUGUAGUUGUUUUCAUUGAAACAUAAUUAUAUACAUAGAAAAUAAUCAACUUAUCCUACAUUACAUACACUUUUCAUAAAAAGAUUAAUGUUUUAGAUCUCGAUCGAUGUAACUUCGUGUAGAAUCGACUUUCGCCUGAUGAAUUUGAAAAAAAAUCUCCGAACAAGGAGAAUCAAUCUGGCCUUUAAAAGUUCAUACAUACAGUAUACAAAAAGAAACUUGACGAAUGCAGACUUUCUGUACUUUGUGUGGUUUAAGGUAGACACGAUGUAUAUUGAUAUUGUUUCGUUUCCCUUAAAAUCUCAAUUCGGAGCUGGUGGGAACAGCAUCUAAAUUGCGCAAGGGCACGUCUAUAUUUGAAAAUUGAUAAUUAUUUUAAAUAUGUUCCUAAGCCGAAAUUUGUUUUGAAUAAACUGUAAAGAGUUGAUUUCGAGCUUGAUGAAAGAGCUGGGUGCCAAUUUUGAGCAUAAGAUAAUUUUACGGACGGAGUAUAAAUUCCGACAGAAAGCUGGAGAUAUAGAGGAUUGACCACUGUGUUCGGUUGUUACCGAAACAUCUACAGACUCGUGAUUAAUCUGCCACAAUUAGAACUCGGCUGCCGAGUUCUAAUUGUGGCAGAUUAAUCACGAGUCUGUAGAUUUUUCGGUUACAAUGUGAAAAAAAUAAACCACUGUAAACCUUGAAAUGGGAGAAUAAUAAAUGAAAAUGCAUUUCUUAUUUUGUCAUAUGCCCAGUUUAUUAUCCCAAGAAAUGCUAAAUAAUUAUCAUUAAAAUUAAGCUAGCUAUGCAUAUUGGGGCUCUUUAUUUGCUAUGAUAAUAUAACAGUUGCAUUAUUAAAGAAGGGUUGUUUUUUCAGUAAACAUGGUAAAAAAUAAAUCUUUGGUUUAAAGAAUUUACUUGAGACAAACAUAA